AUGCCUUCACUGGACUCAUGCUCAAAGCCCUCAUCUGAAGAGGAGGCAUGGCAAAACAGACUCCUCUCCAACAUUCAUAUAAGCGAUGAACACCUCAAUGCCUUACUUAGAUUAUCAGCAGGAUCGCGAGAUGAAAGAGGAUAUAUCAAAAUCAUAGUCACAAUCCGGUGCUUUGUACCCCAAGCAUUUGAAGACCGCCAUGUCAGUGAUGAGCUUGCCCAGGAUAUUUUCAACCUGGCAAUAGAUAACACAGUGAAAGAAAAGCUACGAAGCAUUGAGUCCAUCCAUGGUUACGGCUGGAAUGUUGAUUCUUCGCCAACAGGCGACCGGCAUUUGGUUGCCUACUGGUAUGGACAAGAGGAACCUGAGCUACCAGAGGCAAUACGAUAUGUCCCUUUUGUUGAACUUCGAAAACUACACUAUGACCCUCUUCACUGGUAA